UUCCUAGGCUGUCAAACUAAAUAACAGAACAAGCAAUGGAAAUUGCAAUUCAUGAUUUCUGAAGGGCAUUUAAAAAUGGCAGGUUUUAUGUGGUGAUGAUACACCCUUUUUCCUUUGGAGAUCCAAGCCCUGUGAGAGCAGGAACCUUACUGUCCAUUCAUACUUAAUAGUAGGGAAUCUCUUGCAGCUGGUGCUACAUGAAAACAGGGCCUAUGGGCUUCACUGGGCAUGGGCUCUCAGACCCUUAGGGUAAUAGAUAUCCCGUCAUUAAGCCAAAGAACUCUGUGUAUCAAUUCCAUCUUCUCUCAGGACUCCCAAAGAAAAAAUCUCACUGAAAUGGGCAUAAAAUUUUAAAAAUUAUAAACCACAUGAGAAAAUAAAGCACCAUCAGACAGACGCAGUAGAGUCAGGAAAUAGGAAAAUGAGCACAUUAAGAUCUAGAAACUACGGAGCUAUCUAAAGACAGACUAUGAAAGUAUGUAGUAAACGGUUGAGGAUAAUGGAAGAGAAAUAACAUGAAUGAAAAUCAACUUGAGAUACAGAUAAUAAAAAUGAAUGAUGUGGUCAUUGAAAGUACACUCAUUUGGUGGGCAGUAGCACAUUAGACCCAAGUGUUAAGAGUGGACUGACGGCCUUGCAAAUGGACGUGAAGCACAAAAGAUUGAAAAAUGGAGACUCUCCAGGUUGCAUGGGGAGAGUGGUUUAGAAGGAGCAGGACCAGGAAGAACAGUGGUGUAACUUGAAGUUGUUCAUUCAUGUAAGUUCCUACUAUGUGCCAGUGUGUAUAGGGGCUGAGGAUAGUGUCACUUUUUUAAAAGGUCCUGUAGUACAUUUUAGUGGGUCAUGAUGGCUCCAUCAAGAAUGGCAGUGGAGAUUGGUUAAUUUAAAAGACAUUUAUUUUAAAAGGUAGAAUUAACAAGAUUUGUUAAAAAGAGAAAUAUGGAGGAACAGACUGAUUCUGCCUGUUAAAGUGGGAAGAAAACUUCAAAGUGGAGGUUUAUUCACUUGAGUGCAUUUAUUGUGCACUUUAUUAUACAUAUUAGAGAUUGAUGAAAAGCACAGUCUUUAACUUCAAGGAGAUUGGCAGGAAAGAUAAACAGCAGCUAUGUGACAGGACAAAUACUGUGGUAGAGAUGUGCCAGGUUGCUGUGGAAGCAAAGUGAUUUCUAAGUGUCUAAGGGUAGGGAGAAUGGGAUCAAAGAAAACGGCAUAGAAGAUAUGGACCUGAGCUCUGUCUUGAAAGAUAAAGUUUAGCCUAAUAAAGGAUAAAGAGGAGGAACAGCAUAUUCAGAAGCCAAAGGGCAUAGGACUUUUGUGUGUUUCCCAUGCACACCAAUUUGUGUGUGUGUAUGAGUGUGUAUAAGGACUGGAGAAGGAGGCACAGGGAAUAAGGUGAGAGGUGACCUACUGUGCAAUACUUAGCAGCUUGUAUUUCACUUACAAGACACGGAGGAGUAGCCGAGGAUCUUAAAUGCGGAAGGAACAUGACCAGAUUUGUCAAGAGCUCUCAUUCGUGUGACACUGAAUGGUAACUUGAAAAUAGGAAUCUGGAGGCAGGUGGCUCACAUUUGGAGGCAGUUGCGGUAAUCUGGACGAGAACUGAGGAGGACCUGAACUGGAAAGCACGGGAGUGAAGAUGAGGGGACCUGUUACGAAGAAUAGGAACACACCCUGCAGCACCAGGGGUGGGGGUCCCAUGGGAGGAACUCGUCAAAGUGUCCCGGCAGAGCCCUGGAGGCAAUGACUGUGUGAGCGCCAGGUGGUGUGAGGCCUCCCCAGAGCCAGACCAUGGCUGCCGCCGUGGAGCCAGAGACCCAGGACCUUUGGGAAGAAGAGGGGAUUCUAAUGGUGAAACUGGAAGAUGACCUUCCCUGUGGGCCGGAGCCUGUCUUACAGAGGGAUGACCCCGUGCACGAGACCUCCCACCAGAACUUCCGUCGCUUUCGCUACCAGGAAGCAGCAAGCCCUCGAGAAGCUCUCAUGCGACUCCGAGAACUUUGCCAUCAGUGGCUGAGGCCAGAGAGGCGGACGAAGGAGCAGAUCCUGGAGCUGCUGGUGCUGGAGCAGUUCCUCACGGUGCUGCCCGGAGAGCUGCAGAGCUGGGUGCGCGGCCAGCGGCCAGAGAGCGGCGAGGAGGCCGUGACGCUGGUGGAGGGUUUGCAGAAACAGCCCAUGAGACCAAGGCGGUGGGUGACGGUCCAUGUUCAUGGCCAGGAAGUCCUGUCAGAAGAGACAGCGGCUGCAGGAGCAGAGCCUGAGUCACCUGGGGAGCUACAGGACCCUGUGCAGGCCUCCCCACCUGAGGAGGCCCAGGAGGAGACCCCACCGAGCCCAGAUCUGGGGGAGCCGCAGGAGCAGAGCCCGGGCCGCGAGUCGCAGUUGCAGCCCCUGCAGGAGAGCGAGGUUCCAGUGCCCCAGCACCCAGACCUUCCUGAGGAGAGGAACUCUGGAAAUGCAGAUAUGGUUGCCCUCCUGACGGCUCUGUCCCAGGGAUUGGUAACUUUCAAAGAUGUGGCCGUGUGCUUCUCCCAGGACCAGUGGAGUGAUUUAGAUCCAACACAGAAAGAGUUCUAUGGAGAAUAUGUCUUGGAAGAAGACUGUGGAAUUGUGGUCUCCUUGUCAUUUCCAAUCCCCAGACUAGAUGAGACCGUCCACGGAAGACAGGAAGGGCCUCUGGUCCCGGAAAUCCCCGGGCCGCAAGAGCCUCAAGAACCAGAAAUCCUGAGCUUUACCUACACAGGAGACAGGAGUGAAGAUGAGGACCAAAGUCCUGAGCAGGAAGAUCUGAACGUGGAAGACGUCAGCAGGUCUGUUCUGGGAGAUCCAGAAAUUCACCAGACUCCAGACUGGGAAAUAGUCUUUGAGGGUGAUCCAGGUAGACUGAAUGAAAGAAGAUUUGGUACAAAUAUUUCUCAAGUUAAUAGUUUAACAAAUCUUCAGGAAACCAUGCCUCUCCACCCCUUGUUAGGGAGACAUCAUAACUGUCCUGUCUGUGGAAAAAGCUUCACUUGUAACUCCCACCUUGUCAGGCACCUGCGGACUCACACAGGGGAGAAACCCUAUAAGUGUAUGGAGUGUGGAAAAAGUUAUACACGGAGCUCCCACCUUGCCAGGCACCAAAAGGUUCACAAAACGGGCCCUCCUCAUAAACUUCCUGUAAACCGGAAGAGCCUGGACGAGACCUCCCCUCUGGUCCAGACUAAGAGAACUCAGCCUGUUGAGAAACCCUACAGAUGUGACGACUGUGGAAAACACUUCCGCUGGGCUUCGGACCUCGUCAGGCAUCAGAGGACACAUACAGGAGAAAGACCCUUCUUCUGUACUAUUUGUGGCAAAAGCUUCAGCCAGAAAUGUGUGCUGACGACACACCAAAGAAUCCACCUGGGAGGCAGACCCUACUUGUGCGGGGAGUGUGGCGCGGACUUCAGCGACCACAGGCGGUACCUGGCGCACCGGAAGACUCACUCGGCCGAGGAGCUGCAUCUCUGCAGCGAGUGCGGCCGGUGCUUCAACCAUCGCGCCGCAUUUGCCAAGCACCUGCGAGGACACGCCUCGGUGAGGUCCUGCCGAUGCAACGAGUGUGGGAAAACCUUCAGUCGGCGGGACCACCUCGUCCGGCAUCAGAGAACACAUACUGGCGAGAAACCAUUCACGUGCCCGACCUGUGGAAAAAGCUUCAGCAGAGGCUAUCACUUAAUCAGGCAUCAGAGGACCCACUCAAAGACCUCCUAGCUAGUUGCCCAUGGAAAGAAAGCUGCCUUCACCCAGGGAUGGGCUAGGAGAGGCCAUCUUGUCAGCCUGGGAGGAUUUUUUCUAGGGAGUCUCCCUGACUUGCCCAGAUCUGCAUAGCCUCUUCCCACAGCUAACGAAAACCCCCGGGGCAGAACCUCUCAACCUUCUUUAACUCCUUGAGGAGAAUUGUUGCUCAAGGACAUCCUGAAUCGAGGCUCCUCCUUGACAGGAGUGCCCCAGCCUCCACCUCGUGGUUGUGAAGUAGGGGAAUGAGAAGACAUGAGAGGUUGUGGUCAUUACCUUUCCCCCAAGAUAGGCUGUUACGUAUCCUAAAGACUACUUAAUAGCCUCAAGCUCAAAGUGGCCCAGGCCAACCCCUUAGGUUGGGUAAGGGACCAGCCUUUAGGAUUCUGUCCUUACCAGGCUCAGAUCUUAAAGCGCACAGCCCUGAACUCAAGGCAGGAGAUUCGCAUCCUGAUGGCCUUGCCACAUGUUGACAGGAUAACUACAACUCUCACUGAUCCACUCCCCCGUGGUGGGGAUAGGGGAGAGAAGUGUUUGAUGCUGAAAACCUCGAGGCCGCCGUCAAAAGUGAUACCAGGUGCCAGACACUGCUAGGAAGGAGGACGUCGUCACAAGCGUCUUUCCUUGUGGGUUUUCUCCCUGUUAGAACACUCAAUGCCUCCCCUUGAUACCAUUCUACCAGCCUCUUGGUCUUGUCCCUGGCACUUCUACUACAAGUCAGAUGUAGCAUUUGGGUGCUGAGAGAGUCAGUAAGGCAUAAUUAAAUCAUGAAACAAUUUACAUUCCCACAUACGUACAAGCCCACCCAUCCCACCCUCUGCAUGGGCUUGUGAGGGGAUUUUGGAAUAGUGUCAGCUCACAGAGGCACUAGAAUAAUUAUAGAAUCAUGAUUGACUAAGUCACUUCAUUCACGUGAAGAAAACUGGAGAAGACCUGAGAUGGUUAUGGAAAAGUUAAGAAAGAUAUAUGGCUGCUGGCUAAGGUUAUCAAGACUAUUUUCCUGAUACCCAGCACCCCAAAUCCUUGCCUCAGUUCUCUGAUACCAGAGAAAGUUGUGAACCCCAGCAAUUGGGAUCCUGAAGAAUUUACCAGGAGUAAAUGGCUUUCAUGUA